UGAAAACCGUUUGCCAAAACGUCAAACAUCUAGCUCUUGUCACGGUGUCCCAUAAUAAGUAAAACCAAAACCCAGUUCGAUUGUGAUUUUUUGUGUAGAAACUGCCGAUUUUCAUCUAGACGAUGAAGCAGAGGUACAGUCUUUUCCUAUCAAUGGUGGUGUGCUUAUUGCCUGCAGUGUUGGCAGGACCAUCGACAGGAAGUCCAGUUUCAAGUGCAAGUCCAUUUGAUCCGUUGCAUGUCUUGAUCAGUCUAAUACCCAAAGAUAAGGUCUUUGAAAUUGAAAGGAACCACCUAGAGCACGAUGAAGGGUUUAAGUCGGCCGUGAAGUUUCUCCAAAGCAAAAACUGGACUGACCUGGUUGAUAGCGUGCUCAGUUCUAAGGAGUACAAGAUGUUUCACAAUAUGACCAGAAAGUAUAAUUUCAAACUCUAUGAAGCUGUCACCUGCCUGAGGGAACAUAUCGAAUCGUUGAAGAUCGAAGGUCCCCUGUUGGCUCCACCAAACCUAGCAAGUUUUAUUAGUGACCUGGAAGCUAUAAUUCCUAUCCCGGAAAUUGCAAAGAUGCUGGCCACCGGACUAAGAGACCCUCAAAUUGUGAAACUUCGCUCGGAAAUAGCCAGCAAGGAAAACAAGAAGAUCGCGGAAACGUUGCACAAAAUGCCACAGAUGAAGAAGAUGCGCGCCAUUUUGAGAGAAAUGAAGUUCGACGUAGACACCUACAUCUCCAUGGUGUACACUUUCCUGGGAUGGGGAUCCCCCUUGUUCCGUGUAGUUUAGUUUGGGGGCCAAUGGAAACAAGUGCUGUUUACAUAUUGAGCGCGUUCAGGGAACACAGCGGCUUGACCGACCGCUGAGACUUUUGCUCAGCGGCUGACCGUUUAGGGAAUUCGCUUACUCAGCCACUCAGCCGCUGACCGUCCCUGAACGCCCCCAUUUUUUUGUUAUUAUUACGUUUUUAGAAGAUCAUUUUUCUGUAGUUUUUUUAGUUGAAUAAAGUUCGAACGAUACCUUUUUUUAAAGA